ACUCCCUCUGCAAACUCCAACACCCCAAAUCCUGAAUUUCCUGAACAAAAGAAAAUUCUAAUUAAGUUUCUAGCUAGGAGAUGAAGGUCGACGGAGGAGAGAGGAGAUAUGCCCUUCUUCUAGCUGCAAAGGACUCCGACUAUGUCAAGAAAGUGUAUGGUGGGUACUUCAACGUGUUUGUUGCAGCUUUUGGGGAAGAAGGAGAGAGUUGGGACUUGUACAGGGUCAUAGAGGGGGAGUUCCCUGACAUGAAUGAACUCCGAAACUAUGAUGGAUUUGUGGUAAGUGGCAGCCCUAGUGAUGCUUAUGGGAAUGAUUCCUGGAUCCUCAAGCUUUGCUUGCUUCUGCAAACUUUGGAUGCCAUGCAGAAAAAAGUUUUUGGGAUUUGCUUCGGUCAUCAGGUCUUGUGCAGAGCAUUGGGUGGAAAGGUGGGCAAAGCCUAUACAGGGUGGGAUGUGGGGCUGAGGAAAGUGAGCAUACUGAAGGACUUGGCACCAUGCUGCUUCCUUGAUGACUUGGGUGAAAUCCCAACUUCACUUUCCAUUAUUGAGUGCCACCAAGAUGAGGUUUUUGAGGUUCCUCCGGGAGGUGAAGUGAUUGCUUUCUCAGACAAGACAGGUGUGGAAAUGUUCACUAUUGGAGACCAUAUUUUAGGCAUUCAAGGCCAUCCUGAGUACACCCAAGACAUUCUUCAUAAUCUCAUUGAUCGCCUUCUCAAUAUGGAUGCCUUUGAGAGAGGUUUUGCUGACAAAGUAAGGUUUAUAUUACAAACAGCUGAACCGGAUAGAAAGUACUGGGAAAGAAUAUGCAGGAACUUUCUCAAGGGAUGAUGGUCUCGCCUCCUUUCUGAAGAUCAACUUGGGGGUUCUCAAUUUUCUGUUCUGCUCACUGUUUUUAUCCUGUAAUUUCUUUCUCUGUCGUCUAACCUAACAUGGUUAGCAUAAACAUGUCGUAGCCUGUGUACUUAACCUUUUUUUCCAUAUGUUGAGGAAUCUAUAUAUACCAAUAUAUGAUUUUCAAA